CCUGCCUGCCUGGCCCCGCCCGCCCUCUCUCUCUCUCGCCCCGACCGAAAAGAGGACUGAAAGAAGGAAAGAGAAGGAAAGAAGGAAGGGCGGCUGGGGAGAAAGGAGGAAGAGGAGGAAGAGAAAGAGGAGGAGGAGGAGGAGGAGAAGGCCACGGUGGGCAGUGAGGGGGUCCGCCUGGAGAUGGAGAGCGCCUUAACGGCCCGUGACCGGGUCGGGGUCCAGGACUUUGUCCUCUUGGAGAACUUCACCAGCGAAGCCGCCUUCAUCGAGAACCUGCGCAAGCGCUUCAAGGAGAACCUCAUCUAUACCUACAUUGGCUCCGUCCUGGUCUCGGUCAACCCUUACAAGGAGCUGGAGAUCUACAGCAAGCAGCACAUGGACCGCUACCGAGGGGUCAGCUUCUACGAAGUCUCCCCUCACCUCUACGCCAUUGCAGACAACGCCUACCGCUCUCUGCGCACAGAGAGAAGGGACCAGUGCGUCUUGAUCUCCGGGGAGAGUGGGGCAGGCAAGACGGAAGCCACAAAGAAGGUGCUGCAGUACUACGCCGUCACCUGUCCAGCCAGCGAGCAGGUCGAGACCGUCAAGGACCGCCUCCUGCAGUCCAACCCAGUCCUGGAGGCCUUUGGGAAUGCCAAGACCCUGCGGAAUGACAACUCCAGUCGCUUUGGGAAGUAUAUGGACGUCCAGUUUGAUUACAAGGGGGCUCCCAUCGGGGGCCACAUCCUGAACUACCUGCUGGAGAAGUCACGAGUGGUGCACCAAAACCACGGWGAGAGGAACUUCCACAUCUUCUACCAGUUGCUGGAGGGMGGCCAGGACGACUUGCUCCGGAGGCUGGGUCUGGAGAGGAGCCCCCAGCAGUACCACUUCCUGGUCAAGGGCCAGUGCGCCAAGGUGAGCUCCAUCAACGACAAGAGUGACUGGAAGGUGGUGCGCAAGGCCCUCACGGUCAUUAACUUCACCGAUAAUGAAGUAGAGGACCUGUUGAGUAUUGUGGCCAGCGUCCUGCACCUGGGCAACGUCCAGUUUGCAGCCGAUGAACAGGGCAGUGCACAAGUGACCACAGAAAGCCAGAUCAAGUACUUGGCGCGGCUCCUGGGGGUGGAGAGCGCUCUUCUUCGGGAAGCCCUGACUCACAAGAAGAUCAUUGCGAAGGGAGAAGAGCUGGUCAGCCCCUUGAAUCUGGAGCAGGCGGCCUACGCGCGUGAUGCCUUGGCUAAGGCCAUUUAUGGUCGGACCUUCUCUUGGCUGGUGAACAAGAUCAACCGGUCCUUGGAGUACAAGGAAACGGAGCUCUUGGGGUGGAGGAGAAGCUGCUCUGUUCUGGGUCUGCUGGACAUCUACGGCUUCGAGGUCUUCCAGCACAACAGCUUUGAGCAGUUCUGCAUCAACUACUGCAAUGAGAAGCUGCAGCAGCUCUUCAUCGAACUGACCCUGAAGUCGGAGCAGGAGGAAUAUGAGGCAGAGGGCAUCGCGUGGGAGACGGUCCCGUAUUUCAACAACAAGAUCAUCUGCGAUUUGGUGGAAGAGAAGUUCAAGGGCAUCAUUGCCAUUUUGGAUGAGGAGUGCUUGCGGCCUGGAGAUGCCACAGAUGCCACGUUCCUGGAGAAGUUGGAGGAGACCAUCAGGAGCCACCCGCACUUCCUGACGCACAAGCUGGCUGACGCCAAGACGCGAAAGAACUUGGGCCGGGAGGAGUUCCGCCUGCUGCACUAUGCGGGAGAGGUCAACUACAGCGUGGCAGGUUUCCUGGACAAGAAUAACGACCUCCUCUUCCGGAACCUGAAAGAGGCCAUGUGCAACUCGGAGAACCCCAUCCUCACCCAAUGCUUUGACCGGACGGAGCUGACGGACAAGAAGCGGCCGGAGACGGCGGUGACUCAGUUCAAGACCAGCCUCUCCAAGCUGAUGGAGAUCCUGAUGUCCAAGGAGCCUUCCUACAUCCGCUGUAUCAAGCCCAAUGACGCCAAGCAGCCGGGCCGCUUUGAUGAAGUCCUGAUCCGGCAUCAAGUGAAGUACUUGGGGCUGAUGGAGAACCUGAGGGUCCGCAGGGCCGGCUUUGCCUAUCGGCGGAAAUACGAAGUUUUCCUCCAAAGAUAUAAGUCUCUGUGUCCGGAAACGUGGCCUUUGUGGGAUGGGAGGCCGCAGGACGGCGUGGCCCUGCUCUUGAACCACCUCGGCUGCAAGCAGGAGGAAUAUAAGAUGGGAAGGACAAAGAUAUUCAUCCGUUUCCCCAAGACUCUCUUUGCCACUGAAGAUGCCCUGGAGGUCCGGAAGCAGAGCCUGGCCACAGAGAUCCAGGCUUCCUGGAGAGGGUUCCAUCAGAGAAAGAAGUUCCAAGAAAUGAAGCACUCAGCCACUACCAUCCAGUCCUGGUGGCGGGGGACGCUGGGCCGCCGGAAGGCCGCCAAAAGGAAGUGGGCCGUGGAAACCGUCCGGCGGUUCAUCCAGGGCUUCAUAUUCCGGAACCAGCCUCGAGGGCCGGAGAAUGAGUACUUCCUGGACUAUAUCCGCUACUCCUUCCUGAUGACCCUGAAGCGCUGCCUCCCCAAGAACGUCCUGGACAAGUCCUGGCCAGUGCCUCCUCCUUCCCUGAAAGAGGCCUCUCAGCUUCUGCGCGACCUCUGCAUGCAGAACAUGGUCUGGAGCUACUGCAAGCGCAUCAGCCCCGAGUGGAAGCAGCAGCUGGAACAGAAGGCGGUGGCCAGCGAGAUCUUCAAAGGCAAGAAGGACAACUACCCACAGAGUGUCCCCCGCCUCUUUCUUUACACCCGCCUGGGGAGUGAAGAGAUCAAUGCCAAGAUCCUACAGGUGAUGGAAAAUGAGACGCUGAAGUAUGCUGUUCCUGUGGUCAAGUAUGACCGGAAGGGCUACAAGGCCAGGCCCCGGCAGAUGCUGCUCACCCAAAAUGCCGUGGUUUUGGUGGAAGAGGCCAAGGUCAAGCAGCGGAUCGACUACGCCAACCUGACGGGCCUCUCCGUGAGCAGCUUGAGCGACAACCUGUUUGUGCUCCACGUCCUACGACAGGACAACAAGCAGAAGGGGGAUGUCGUGUUGCAGAGCGACUUCGUGAUUGAAACACUGACUAAAAUUGCCAUCUGUGCCGACAAAGUCAACAGCGUGAACAUCAACCAGGGCAGCAUCAAGUUUGCUGUGGGUCAAGGCAAAGAGGGCAUCAUUGACUUCACUUCCGGGUCGGAGCUGCUGAUUGCCAAAGCCAAGAAUGGCCACCUGGCAGUGGUGGCCCCCCGGCUGAAUUCCCGAUGACCCCCCACUUCCUCCGGCUGCCCCCCCCCCCCCCCCCCCCCCCCCCCCGAAAUCAUGGCUGGGCCUCCUUCCUUCCUUUUUUCCUUCCAUGCAGCUGCUUUGCGGACCUUCUUUUCUCGCUGCCAAAGACCCCUCCCCUUAAUCAUGUCCCCCCAUUUUGCACCCAAAGCCCCUUCCUCGGGAGCCUCUUCCAGGCCCCAAGGAAUGGCCACCAAACAGCAGCAGCAACAUGCCAAAAUUUUAUACUAAACUAUUCUAAUGGGGUUUUUUUCCCCCCUCUCCUAGAUUUUUUGGGAUGCUUUGUAUGAAACGAUAUAUAUAAAUAUAUAUAUAUAAAAAUAUAUAUUAAAAAGCCAUAAUGUAAAUGA